UUAUUAACUUUGUGCGACUAACAAAACAAGGGGAGCUCUUGGAGAGCUGGUGGGCAAACUCCGACAUGAAAGGGGAGCAGCAUCACGUGUCGUGUCAUCAGUGCCUCUGCCACCACCGUCGUGAGGUCUAGGGCACUUGCCCCGGCUCGGGUUGUGUUGAGCAGCAGCAGCAGCAGCAACUCGCCUGCUGAUUCUGCUGCCGCUGCCGCGCUUGUAAAUUCCGGCUCGCCGCGGGAGUGAGCCACGCGGAUGAGCGAGCGACAGAGCCGGAGGCGAGAGCCAGAAGCGAGCCAGGGGCCAGCAAGUAGCUGCAAGGGGGGGGGGGGGAGAUUUGGCGGCGCGGGGAUGGGCGACCCGGGGAGGCUGCGCGUGGCGGUGGUCGGUGCCGGGGCCGCGGGGCUCUGCGUGGCCCGGCACCUUCUGGCCCGCCCGCACGACUUCCACGCCCCGUGCGUGUGGGAGCUCGACUCGGCGGCGGGCGGCACGUGGGUGUACAAGCAGCAGCGGGCAGAGGCCAACCUCUCCAGCAUCUACCGCGACCUCAGGACUAACCUGCCCAAAGAAGUGAUGGCCUUUCCCGACUUUCCUUUUGACAAGAGCCUGCCCUCGUUCCUGCAUCACAGCGAUGUCCGAGCAUACUUGGACAAGUACAUCGAUCACUUUCAUAUCCGGCCACACAUCAAGCUCAAGUGGCGCGUGGAGCGGGUGCAGCCCGUGCCAGCACCGGAGGAGGCUCCUCGCGACGUGGCCUGGGAUCUCACUGCGCGCAGUCUGGCCGAUGGCGAGGUUGUCACUGAGCGUUACGACUCCGUCAUCGUCUGCAAUGGACAUUAUUCCAAACCGUAUUUGCCAGACAUUCCCGGCCUGGCCGACUUCAAGGGCCAGGUGCUGCACAGCCACGACUACCGCAGCCGCGAGCGCUUCGCGGGCCAAGCGGUGGCGCUGCUCGGAGCCGGCAACUCCGGCCAGGACAUCGCCGUGGACGUCUCCCCCGUGGCCCGCGAGGUGUGGCUCUGCCACCGGCGCGCCCCGCUGCGCUCGCGGCUGCCGGACAACGUCCGGCAAGCGCCGUCCGUGCGGAGCUUCACGGAGCGCGGCGUCCUGCUGGCCGACGGCUCGGAGCGCGCGGCCGACGCGUUCGUCUUCUGCACCGGCUACGAGUACGCGUUCCCCUUCCUGGCGCCGGAGGCGCGCGUCAGCGUCGGCGACCGCCGCGUGUCGCCGCUCUACAAGCACAUGAUUCACGCGGCCACGCCGACGCUCGUCUUCGUCGGCCUCUGCAAGCUGGUCAACCCCUUCGCCUUCUUCGACUGCCAGGCGCGCUACGCGCUGGCGACGCUGCGGGACCCCGCGCUGCUGCCGCCGCGCCCCGAGAUGGACGCGGAGGUGCGGCGCGAGUUGGAAGCGCAGCGCGCCGCGGGCGUUCCCGAGCGCGACUGUCACCUGCUCGGCGACCGCCAGUGGGCCUACAUGGCCGAGCUCGCCCGCCUGCUCGGCACGCCCGAGGCCGCCCCUUCCGCCGCCGUGCGGGCCCUCUUCGACGCGGUGAGAGCUCACCGGGAGGCGAACCUUCUCGCGUACCGCAGCCUCAACUACGGGAUCACAGGCGACGGUGAAGACGGCUGGUGCGUCGUUGACUCUGGCGAAGGGAGCCGAUGAGCACCGCGGCUGCGUGCGGUCCCACCGCGUCGAGCCGCUGCCGUGAGCCGCUGCCGGCGUUCGAUUCCCAACGUUAAAACCGCACACACAAGUCGACCAUUCAUAAAGACGAGUUAAAUCAUGUAGGGAUGUUGUUUGUAGGCCAACUGGCCAAAAUAUGCUUAUAGAAUGUGUGCUCCACACUAACUUAACUAUUGCUAUUCUACCACUGAUCUUUACAGCAUUUUUUUCGGAAGCAACCUGGCAACGAGUGACAGCUAAACGUAGUGGCUUAUAUCACGUGGAAAAUUACAGCGGUAGUCAAAUACUCCAAACGUGUGAUGUUGAUUCUAAAUGUGGAGGGGGAAACUGGAGGACCCGGAGAAAAAUCCACGCGACCACGGGGAGAACACACAAAUUCAAAACGUAACGUUCUGUAUAUGCACACUGGGGACUCACGGGUGAUUGCACAUCCAGAGAGAGCCAUCGGAGACCCAUCAGGCGAAGCAAUGUCCCGUGUUGAUGCCGGAAGGCGCCUCACACGACGCUCGCGCUGCUGGUGCACCAGACCCAGACAGCGCUCGCCACUGCCUUCUCAUUCCCAUCCAGGACUCUAUUCCGGCUUCCAUAAGCGGUGGUGUCGCUGAUUCCCGUGGGCAGUUGCUGAGCCCAUGGCUCGGCUCAGACUCAACUCGUGGAGAUCCUGGGCAUGGCUCGGAUCAUUUCUCAGAGCCGGCUCAAGGUUAAGAAUUUGGCUUUGAGCCAGAGCCGAGCCUGAGCCGAGUCGAGUCACGAUGAAGAAUAUGGCCCUCAAACGCUGUCCGGUGCCUCAAGAAAAUGGUCCCGAAUCUUGAAACACCCUCGAGUCUCCUGGCUGGCCAGUUUAAACAUUUUGGCGAACCAAGUUGUUACUCUGUGGACUUUCCAAGUCUUUAAGCGCUGCCAGUGUAACCGUCGUACAACACACGUGCACCAGCACACAACACAACACACGUACACUAGCACACAUCACAACACACGUGUACCAGCACACAACACACGUGCACUAUCACACAGCACAACACACGUGCACCA